CGGCGGUGACGAGUUGACAUGCUGCACGAUUACCAUAUGUGAACUGCUGCGUUGACCGAAUAACAGUGGUAUUCAGAAGCUAUUGCCCUUCGUGCAUUGCCAACUGGAGUCGGUUCUAGCGCAGCCAGCUAGUUGAGGUACUCUUAUUGGUUGCCAUAGCUACAUAUCAUAAAACACCAUGUUGCAUUUUUUACGAGCAACGACUGUUCUUACCAAGAACAAACAUAUCGUCAAUAUUGUGAAUGCCAAGAUAAGGCUACUAUCAACGAUCAAUGCAAGUGAAAUAUUGAAAAAGCCAACAACAGCAUCUCUAGUAUUAGAAGAUGGAAGAAAGUUUGAGGGCUAUUCAUUUGGCGCUGAGAAAUCCAUGCCUGGAGAAGUCGUCUUUAAUACUGGACUUGUUGGAUAUCCUGAAGGAUUGACAGAUCCUAGCUACUGUGGUCAGAUUCUGACCUUGACAUAUCCAAUUGUUGGUAACUAUGGUGUCCCGGACACACAAGCAAGAGAUGAAUGGAAAUUGAUAAAAAAUGUAGAAUCCGAUAAGAUUCAGGUUUCUGGGUUAAUAGUACAAGAUUACUCCCAUGAGCACAGUCACUGGAACUCCGAGAAAUCACUGUCAGAGUGGUUAAAAGAGGAGAAUAUUCCGGCACUUUAUGGAAUUGAUACCCGAAUGUUGACUAAAAUUAUCCGAGAUAAGGGUACUGUACUGGGUAAAAUUGAAUUUGAUGAUAAUCCAGUUGCAUUUGAAGAUCCGAAUUUGAGAAAUUUAAUUGCUGAAGUGUCGACAGAGGAUGUGAUGGUAUUCGGUAAGGGAAAUCCACACAAAAUAAUAGCAGUGGAUUGUGGGAUUAAAAAUAAUAUCAUUAGAUGUCUGGUAAAAAGAGGAGCUGAAGUACAUCUAGUGCCAUGGAACUAUAACUUUACCCAGGAUGCCUAUGAUGGAUUAUUCAUAUCGAAUGGACCAGGAGAUCCAACGCUAGCCAAGGACACAAUAAAGAAUUUGAGAACAGUUUUGAAUAGUAGCCGAACAGAGCCUGUAUUUGGAAUCUGUAUGGGUAAUCAGCUGGUAUCAUUAGCAGCAGGAGCCAAGUGUUAUAAACUACCCCUAGGCAAUAGAGGUCAUAAUCAACCAGUGGUUAAUCUUUUGAAUGGCCAGGCUUUUAUCACGUCUCAAAACCAUGGCUUUGCUGUGGAUGGAACCUCCCUUCCAGAAGGAUACCAACCAAUCUUUGUGAAUGCUAAUGAUAAAACCAAUGAGGGUAUUAUGCAUAAAACAAGACCAAUUUUCACAGCACAGUUUCACCCAGAAGCAAAAGGAGGACCAACAGAUACAGAGUUUUUGUUCGAUGCUUUUAUCGAUAUGGUAAAAGACAGCAAGAAAACAUUGAUAUCAGCAAUGGCGCCAGCUGCACCACAACAGAAACUUUCAGAUAUUUCUAAAGUACUUGUUCUGGGAUCUGGAGGACUUUCCAUUGGACAAGCUGGAGAAUUUGAUUAUUCAGGUUCCCAGGCCAUCAAGGCAUUGAAGGAAGAAGGUAUGCAGACUAUACUAAUGAAUCCCAAUAUUGCGUCUGUACAGACCAAUGCACACGGAGAAAAGCAGGCUGACAAUGUUUAUUUCCUACCUGUUACACCUGAGUUUGUGACCGACGUUAUAAAACGAGAGAAACCCAAUGGAAUUUUGUUGUCUAUGGGAGGCCAGACCGCACUGAACUGUGGAGUUGAACUGUAUAAACAGGGAAUACUUCAAGAAUAUGGUGUGCAGGUUUUGGGCACACCGAUCACUUCUAUCAUGGAUACUGAAGACAGGAAUUUAUUCUCUGAUAAAUUACACGAAAUCAAUGAAAACAUUGCCCCAAGUAUUGCUGUGGAAUCGGUUAAAGAUGCUCUGAAUGCAGCAGUAGAAAUCGGUUACCCUGUCAUGGUGCGAGCUGCGUAUGCUUUAGGAGGUCUUGGUUCCGGUCUAGCAAAUAAUAGAGAAGAACUCAAUAAGAUUGUCACCAAUGCCUUUGCUAUGACAACUCAAGUUUUAAUUGAGAAGUCUUUAUUAGGGUGGAAAGAAGUUGAAUACGAGGUCGUUCGGGACGCAGCAGAUAACUGUGUUACAGUUUGUAAUAUGGAAAACUUUGAUCCUCUGGGUAUUCAUACAGGUGAUUCCAUUGUCGUAGCACCAAGUCAAACCCUUAGCAACGAAGAGUACCAUAUGUUGAGAGAAACUGCCAUUAAAGUUGUCCGCCAUCUUGGAAUUAUCGGAGAGUGCAAUAUACAGUACGCAUUGCAUCCUAAAUCAUUAGAAUAUUGUAUUAUAGAAGUCAAUGCUCGUCUGUCUCGAAGUUCUGCUUUAGCUUCUAAAGCUACUGGAUAUCCACUUGCUUUCAUUGCUGCCAAGUUAGGGUUAGGGGUUCUCUUGCCUGACAUCGAAAAUGCCACAACUCAAUCAACUACCGCAUGUUUUGAACCAAGUUUAGAUUACAUUGUUACUAAGAUUCCACGAUGGGAUCUGGAUCGUUUCCAAGGUGCAUCAAAAGAAAUCGGUAGUGCCAUGAAGAGUGUUGGAGAGGUGAUGGCCAUUGGUAGAACAUUUGAAGAAAGUUUACAAAAAGCAUUACGUAUGAUCCAUCCAUCUAUUGAUGGUUUUGUUCCCAGAAUGCCGAUGGGUAAGCCAUACCCUGACAACCUGGAAUCUGAAAUUAAAGUUGCCUCAAGUACAAGGAUUCAUUCCAUAUGCAAGGCAAUGCAUGAUGGGUAUUCUGUUGACAAGAUUCAUGACCUGACUGCCAUUGAUCCAUGGUUUUUAUACAAAUUACGAAGGAUUGUUGCACAAGAUAAGCUUUUGGAAGAUUACACAAGUCAAAAUGUUCCAAAGCAGACCAUGCAAGAUGCAAAACAGGCUGGGUUCUCUGAUAAACAGAUUGGUCUUGCUUUAGGCAUUAAUGAAGCGGAAUCCAGGAAAGUGAGGCUGUCAAAGGGAAUAGUACCCUAUGUGAAACAGAUUGAUACAAUGGCUGCCGAGUAUCCAGCUAAAACUAACUACCUCUAUUGUACAUACAAUGGCAUGGAACAUGACUUGCUGUUUAAUGACCAUGGCACAAUGGUGUUGGGAUGUGGACCAUAUCAUAUCGGUAGCUCAGUAGAAUUUGAUUGGUGUGCUGUCUCAUGUAUUCGCUCAUUACGAGAAAUGGGACAUAAGACGAUUGUUGUGAAUCACAACCCAGAGACUGUUAGUACCGAUUUUGAUGAAUGCGAUAGGCUGUAUUUCGAAGAAUUAUCACUAGAAAGAGUUCUUGAUAUAUAUCAACAAGAGGCUGCAACUGGUUGUAUUAUUUCUGUAGGUGGUCAGAUUCCAAAUAACCUUGCAUUACCGCUGUAUAAGAAUAAAGUCAAUAUUUUGGGGACAAAUCCGAUGAGUAUUGAUGAUGCUGAAGAGAGUGAUGUCAUUUGCGUUGUUGCCCAUGCUGUAUCCGAACAUGUAGAAAACGCUGGAGUACAUUCCGGGGAUGCAACAUUAAUCUUGCCCACACAAACUAUAAGUGAUGAAGCACUGAGGAAGGUACGAGAAGCUACACGACAGAUUGCGAAGAGGUUCAAUAUAUCUGGUCCAUUUAAUACUCAGUUCUUGGCUAAAGAUAAUGAUAUUAUGGUUAUUGAGACCAAUUUGAGGGCUUCAAGGUCAUUUCCAUUUGUUUCCAAAACUAUCGACACUGAUCUUAUAAAAAUAGCAACCCAAGUCAUGAUGGGUGAAAAAGUUGAUACCAGUCACCUGCCAACAUUAGAAGAUCCAAUUAAUCCUGUUGACUAUGUAGGAAUAAAGGCUCCUAUGUUUUCAUGGCCAAGACUACGAGACACAGACCCAUUGUUACGAUGUGAAAUGGCAUCUACUGGAGAGGUUGCCUGCUUUGGUCCAAAUGUACACACAGCUUUUAUCAAGGCUCUGCUUUCAACCGGAUUUAAAAUACCAAAGAAGAAUAUCUUGAUCGGAAUCCAGCAUUCAUUUCAGCCUCAGUUCUUACCUACUGCAUUGAAGCUUAAUCAACUGGGAUUUAAUCUAUCUGCCACUGUAGCUACUGCAAAGUAUUUAAAUGCACACAAUAUAAAAGCCUCAGUUGUUGGAUGGCCACUGGAUGAGGAGGAAUCUGCUCCAAGGGCAACCAGGUUAAUUCAAGAAAAGGAAAUUGAUCUUGUGAUUAAUUUACCUAAUCACAAUACCAAAUAUGUUCGUGAUAACUACCUCAUUAGACGGUCAGCUAUUGACGCUGGAGUUCCAUUGUUAACUAACUUUGAGCUUGUGAAACUAUUCGCUGAAGCCCUCGAGAAGAUGAGUAACCGUGAUGCCACCAGUCUUUUCCAUUACGCCAAGCCAAAGAGAGCUGCUAAGGUGGUUCACUGAAAUUUUACACGAGAAGAUUUUCAAUAUCAAUGAAAACAUUCUCAGAAGAAAAUUCUGGAAAUAUUUUUAACUAGAAUAGUUUGAAUUAUAUAUAAUAUUUUCAAUCUAACCAAUUAAUAAUUUUUUUUUCCCAAUGGUUGACUAAUUUUUGGCGUUGACACAUUUUCAGAACACAGGCCCAGUUUUGAUUAUUUUUUUUUUCUCUUAACAAUAACUGCACCUGUUUCACGUAUUUUAUUCCAUCCUACUAUUAUUCUUAUUACAUUGUACUAUUUGUCUUGAUAGAUGAAAUAUUUAGAAUCUAUUUCCACCAAAGUGAAUAUCCCUUAUUGUUAAAAUUUUAAAUCACAAAUGUUAAUUAUAUUAUCUUUUCACAAAAUGGUUUUCUGCAAGUGCUAUUCUAAAAUUGUUUAGGUCAUUAUAUUGACUAUCAAUCAUGAAUAAGAUGAAGGUAUCUUGGAUACCGUCGAUAAGGUGGUUGUUUCACUCUUGUAUUUUGAUGGCACCGAAUAAGACGGUCAUCUCAGUUGUAUCUUUGUCUGCACUAUCCGGCAAUGUUCAAAGCAGCAUUAUUUAUUUACACUUUGGUAGAACAAAUGUUUAUAAAACAAAUGUCCCUCCAAAUUUUGAUGGCAAGAUUUCUAAAAUUGUGAUUUUCUAAAUUACCAUAUUCGCUCUUUUAGUAACACAUGCACUUAGAUGAGCAACAGAGAUGUGUCUAUGAUUAGAAGAAGACAUUGUAAUGAUUCAGUAUACAUGUAUUUAUUGGUUUACGUUUGCUCAUUAAGAAGUUGUGCUUCUAAUAGAGCAAAUAUGGUAGUCACUUGUUACUGAAGUCUAUGUUAAAGCGAGAGGGUCGUCACCUGCACACGCACGGGAAUUGAGCCCCAAGCGACGGUAACAACACACGCUAAGAAUGCAAAGGCUCAUGGGUGGACACUUGUUUGUAAACAAUGACACGCUAUGGCCACAUGACGCCUGCGUAGGUGACGACUCCCUCGCUUCAACAAAAAAAGAAGUAAACAAAGACCAGAAGUUCAUCAUCUUGGGUCAAACCACUUUUUGUUGCAGGAGGGGUGGGAAGGGGAGGGGCAUAAAAAAUAUUUAUUCAAGCUCCUUUCUCUCUAUAAUCUAAAUUUUAAUCGAUGGAAUUUUCAUCCCUUUAUUUACCUGUUACUGGUAAUGCAGUGUUUGCUUAUACGUCGUCAUAGUAACAGUCAGUACCUUGCAGUAUUAUAGCUAAUAAAUUAAUGCGCAAUAAUCACGUUAUGCAAUAUUACAUUAUUUUUAA